UGCAUAUUUGAGAGAACUAGCACUAAGCAACCAAUUUAUUAGUGGCUAUAUGUGCUUACAAAAUGUUGGUGCUUCAUUCUAAAGACUUCCGAGAGGUUGGUUGUGGACAGAAGAAAGGCUAGUCCAUUUUCUUAGCAACCAAACAACUUCCACUCUCCUAGCUUACAUUAUCAACUGUUUUUCCGAGCUCAGAAUGUCUCCCUUCAAGCAAAAAGAGAAGACUGCAUACAAGACCCAGGUGGCUCGCAAUGCAAACAUGGCCAAAUUUCAAGCCGCGUAUAUUUUUCCAGAGAUUGCUAGAAGAAGGGAUGCACACUUGCAGAAGUACCCUGAUGCACAAGUGAUUAGCCUUGGACAUGGUGACACCACUGAGCCCAUUCCAGAAGUUAUAACCUCUGCAAUGGAAAAGAGAUCACAAGCUUUGUCCACCCUAGAGGGUUACAGUGGUUAUGGACCUGCGCAAGGUGAAAAGCCAUUGAGAGCUGCAAUUGCUUCGACAUUUUAUGACAACCUUGGCAUAGAGGAAGAUGACAUAUUUGUUUCUGAUGGGGCAAAAUGCGACAUUUCCCGCCUUCAGCUUGUUUUCGGGUCUAAUGUUACAAUGGCAGUGCAAAGUCCAUCUUAUCCGGCUUAUGUGCAAUCGAGUGUUGUUAUGGGCCAGACUGCACAAUAUCAGAAAGAUGUUGAAAAGUUUGGAAAUAUUGAGUACAUGACGUGCACUCCUGAGAAUGGUUUUUUUCCUGAUUUACGCAAAGUUGCUCGAACAGAUACCAUAUUUUUCUGCUCACCAAACAACCCUACAGGUUCGGCUGCAACCAGAGAGCAACUGACACAACUAGUACAGUUCGCUAAGGAUAAUGGUUCAAUCAUAGUCUAUGAUUCUGCAUAUGCCAUGUAUAUGUCAGAUGACAAUCCUCGCUCAAUCUUCGAAAUCCCGGGAGCUAGAGAGGUUGCAAUUGAGACAUCAUCAUUCAGUAAGUAUGCUGGAUUCACUGGAGUUCGUCUGGGGUGGACGGCGGUCCCAAAGCAGUUGCUAUUUUCAGAUGGAUUUCCUGUCGCCAAGGACUUCAACCACAUCGUAUGCACUUGCUUCAGUGGUGCAUCAAACAUUGCCCAAGCUGGUGGUCUGGCUUGCCUUUCACCGGAAGGCAUUAAGGCUAUGCAUGAUGUGAUUAGUUUCUACAAAGAAAAUGCUGGAAUUUUAGUGGACACAUUUGAGUCUCUUGGCUUUAAGGUGUAUGGAGGGAAGAAUGCACCAUAUGUGUGGAUUCAUUUCCCGGGCCGAAGCUCAUGGGAUGUAUUCAAUGAGAUUCUUGAGAAGAUUCAUGUGGUUACCAUACCUGGGAUUGGUUUCGGACCUGGUGGUGAAGGUUUCAUCAGGGUUAGUGCCUUCGGUCACAGGAGAAAUGUUUUAGAAGCCUCUGAAAGAUUCAAGCAAUUAUACAAGUGAAGUGACUCUAGAGUGGUAUCUGCAGCCUUCUAUUUGAACCAGAGAUCAUCGACAUUUGCCUUCAUUUCUGUUCUAUGUUGUGUGCACUAGUAAACUUCUGAAAGUCGCACGUCAUUAUUUAGAUGUUAUUGCAGAACUUGAUUUAAUCAGCAGCGUGUACAUGUUACACUUGAUUUCUAA